UUCUGAGUCGGUCUCUUUUGAACUCUAGAAUUGAAGUGACUGCCGGUCUGGUUCUCGGCUUGUGGAUGCCUGGAUUCUCUGUCUUCGUGUGAUUUUUCUUUUAUGUAUGCUCAAACCUGCUCUGUAACAAUAUUCUCUCCUUAACAGGCACCAGUCAGAUCCCAGCUCAUACCUCAUUUUAUCUUUCCUCUUCACAGAGUACAGUCAGUCACACACUGAGGCACUACCGGUUGGGUCAGAGAGCACCAGCUUAGGAACUGUUAGGUUCAGUUCAGUCCAUGAUAGUCCAGCCUCCUAGUUUUACUGAUCUCAGGCCCAUGGAGACCUGCCCCGUCCUCCAGAAAGAGACGCUGUUCCACACAGGAGUCUAUGCUUACAGAAUCCCUGCUCUGCUCUACCUGAAGAAGCAGAAGACCCUGCUGGCCUUUGCAGAAAAGCGAGCCAGCAGGACAGAUGAGCAUGCUGAGUUGAUUGUCCUGCGAAGAGGAAGCUACAAUGGAACCACCAACCAUGUCAAGUGGCAACCUGAGGAAGUGGUGACCCAAGCCCAGCUGGAGGGCCACCGCUCCAUGAAUCCAUGUCCCUUGUAUGACAAGCAAACAAAGACCCUCUUCCUUUUCUUCAUUGCUGUCCCUGGGCGUGUAUCAGAACAGCAUCAGCUCCAAACUAGGGUUAAUGUCACACGGCUAUGCCAUGUCACCAGCACCGAUUAUGGGAUGAACUGGAGCCCCGUCCAGGACCUCACAGAGACCACCAUUGGCAGCACCCACCAGGAAUGGGCCACAUUUGCUGUGGGUCCAGGGCACUGUCUGCAGCUGCAGAACAGAGCUGGGAGCCUGCUGGUACCUGCUUAUGCCUACCGGAACCUGCACCCUGUCCAUAAACCUACCCCCUUUGCCUUCUGCUUCAUCAGCCUUGACCAUGGGCGCACGUGGGAACUAGGGAACUUUGUGUCUGAGAACUCACUGGAGUGUCAGGUGGCUGAGGUUGGCACUGGUGCUCAUAGGGUGGUGUAUCUCAAUGCUAGGAGCUUCAUAGGAGCUAGAGUCCAGGCACAAAGUCCUAACGAUGGCCUGGAUUUCCAGGACAACCAGGUAGUAAGUAAGCUUGUAGAGCCCCCCCACGGGUGUCAUGGAAGUGUGGUCGCCUUCCACAGCCCCACCUCUAAGCCAGAUGCCUUAGACAUGUGGCUGCUUUAUACCCACCCUACGGACUCCAGGAAUAGAACCAACCUGGGCGUGUACCUCAACCAGAGGCCACUAGAUCCCACAGCCUGGUCAGAGCCCACCCUGCUAGCCACGGGCACCUGUGCCUACUCAGACUUGCAGAAUAUGGGGCGUGGCCCUGACGGCUCCCCACAGUUUGGGUGCCUGUAUGAAUCAGGUAACUAUGACGAGAUCGUUUUCCUCAUGUUCACCCUGAAGCAAGCUUUUCCCACAGUACAUGGUGCUCAGUGACCUCAUUGCAUGUGGCUUCCAAAGGGCUUCCUGUGCUUCAAAACACCCAUCUCUCUUUCCUUCCAGCAUCCUCUGGACUCUUGUAUCCAGCUCUUGGGUCCGUUCCUUGGGAGUAUACAGAGAGUUUGGUCUCUUGACUCUUAGCAAGUUUUGUUGUUUCAGCCUCCGAAAGUGGGUUCUAUUUCCAGCCCAGAAAUCAAAGGAGCCUGACUUUCCCCAGCCUGUAUGUAUAAAGGCUGCCACUCUGCCUGUCGGCUGUCACUAUGUUAGCUUAACCUGCCUGUUUCCCCAUGCCGAGUUUUUGGAUGAAUAUUAAUAAAUUAAUUAUCCUACUCAGCCUA